AACUUCCGUAAUAAACAUCACCGUCCGUAGUGCGAAGAAUAUGUGGUAACGUAAUGCUGAGCCCAGCAAGAUAAUGUCGAUUCACGUGGUUCGGGACGGAUAUAAUCUACCGAGAGGAAGUAACAAAUGCUGAAAGGGUUUAUGACAUUAUAAUGACGCACUUUUAAUGCGGUCAGUUGGAUAGAAAGCCUGAAGCAGCCAGUGUAAACGCCUCAGCUGGGCUCAUCUUCUGCCUGAAUCCCUUGUUACACUGAGGAAAGUGAAUCAGGGUGCCUCCUUCCAAAAUGAGCCGGGACGUUCCUAUCCACUGCUGGCCCGGCUCCUAUUACAUCAACAGUGAGAAGCGGUGGGAAAAUGGCAUCCUGUCCCUCACCAGGACCACGGUGCGCUUUGUCUCUAACCAGAGCAAGGAGGGUCUCGCCAGCCUCCACCUCUCCCGUAUCAUGGAGAUCAAGAUGGAGUCGUCCAGUUUCAUCUUCAGCACUCUCACAGUGCUUGAAGAGGGCAACGUGAAACACUGGUUUGGUUCCCUUAAGCCCAACAGGGUGGUGGUCUAUAAUGUGUUGGAACAUUUCUGGAGAGAACGCCUCCUGUCCCCCGGCUCAGAGGCCCGCGGGGCUGAGUCUCAGCCCUCUAAAGGCAGAGAGCUGAUCAGUCUAGUGGCAGGGGCCCAGAGAAGACUGGAGGACACUGGCAGAGUCCUCAGCCACCAAGGAGAGCAGUUUGAUAACAUGAUGCAGGGACUGGAGAAGAUUGACUCUGACCUGGGUGUUGCUGAUAAACUUCUAUCCGAGCUGGAGUGUCCCUCCUGGUGGCCUUUUGGUAAACUCCCCUGGAAGACUCAGCAGGAAGCCAAGGCUGAGGAUUCUGCAAGAGCUGCAGCUUCCGCCGCUGCUUCAGGUGGUAGGGGGUCCGGUAGAAAUAAGGUGAUCACAAGCAUCCCAGCUGUAGUGUCCAAAGGUGGAGACUCCGACUUGAAACCGGGAUGCUUGUUGGUGCUGGUGUCCUCAUUGGAGGUGCGAGACACAAACUGCCAGCUCCUUCAUCGCUUUGAACGAAAUGAAAUUGAUGAAAUCAGGGUGCGGAGUCCAUAUGAGAUUACUGUCAGACAGCGGUUUAUUGGAAAGCCAGACAUAUGCUACAGAUUCCUGUCUGCCAAGAUGCCAGCGGCGAUGUCUGUCUUAGAGAUGCAGUACAAAAAAAAGGUGGAGUUCACGAACGAAUACACUGCUUUCAAAGCAACUCCAGUUUCAUCUCCCUGUGACACAGAAGGGAUAAACUCGAGUGAAGGUUUGUUGCAGAGGUUCCAAGAGACCGAACUCCCACUGGAGGUCCCAGCGGGAGAGCUGUCCCAGUUGCAGGUGCAUGUCCUCCAGCCAUCUGUCAGUCAGGCUGAGGCCCAGGAACUUAAACAGAUGCUGAUGCAGCUGAAGAACCUUGCCCUGGAGGCAGAGACGGAGCUGGAACGGCACGAUGAAGUUCUGGAUGUCCUGACCAGCUCCACGGACCGAGCCACCAUGCACAUAGAGAAGCACACCUGCCGUAUGAAAAGACUGCUGUAGCUCUGACAGUCCAGCUGACGAAUGUGGUCUCCAUGUCCCUCCUGAGAAAUGCACUGUAAGCUUCCUCAUUGUCCUCAUGGGAUUGGUACAGUUAGAGAAUACUGCAACAGCAGUAGGGACUUGCAUAUACUCUAAAAUAGUUCACAAGAUUUUUGUUGCAUUUGAUGGUACAGUUACAUGGGUUCAAGUCUGAGUGAUUUCUGGGAAAUGCAGCAUUGUUCACUUAACACUGACGAUAAUCACCAAUAUGAUCCCUGAAAUUUGCACAUCAGUGAUUAUGACUUUAAAUAAGAACAUAUAUAAGCAUUUCUUAAGAGUGCUUCUUUGUUUUAGAGAAAUUAUGUAGUACAUAGGCUUCGUGGGCUCAUACAUUUCUAUCAUCUUUCUACAUGACAUAAGUUAACCCUUCCAAACUAGAAUUUGUCAUUUUCUCAUUUUAUCGGUUUAUUUGAAAGAAUUCAACAUGUGUGACUGUGAAAAAUCCGCCAUCUUUAUGAAGGAUGGAGUCUGUGCUCUGCCCUUUGAAGGUGUGUCCUGCAGCACUUAGCAGCUGGGGUUAGCAUUGUUACCAUCACAUUUGGCUUAGUGGCUACUGACUGCACAACUGUCAUUUUGAAAGCACAUUUUUCGCUUUUCCACAUCAAAACAAAAUACUGUAGUUUUACCAUCUUUUAGUUUAUUUUCUCUGGAACGGAAAAUGUGCUCUAAAAAUUGACCAGUAGGUGUUGCUAUAUAAUGAUUAUGGGGAACUGACUGCCAUAAAGGAGAAAGAACUCACCCAGUGCAAGGUUCAGACCCUGGUUAUGGUGCUUAUGGCCUGGCUCAGUCUACUGGACCCCGUGGCAAUGUUUUAGGUGGGAAGCCGGUGAGGGAUCACAUCCUUGUUGGUGCAAUAGUGACUCACAUUGGUUGGUCGUGGCACCGGAGCGGGAUCUGGGGGAAUUAGAUGACUCCUCAGUGCAUGUCAUGCCCUCCCAGUGAAGUUGGCAGGUGAAAAAAUAAGCUGUUCAUUCUAUUACACUUUAUGCAUUAAAAUUAGUGUGUAUAUGCGGGUUUUUUAAGCGCAGAUAAUCCCGCAAAAAAAAGGUGAUUGACUCCUUUUGCUUUUGCCAAUAAACAAGUUUGCCUUUUUGUUUUUCUGGUGUUUCUCAUUCGAUGUCAAAAAUGUGCCAGAAAACAGGGUUAGUUAGAAAAGCAGUUAGAAAGCAGGGUGGGGGCCAGUGACCAUGCUACGGCAGUAACUUUAACUUAACGUAACUCUAUAUCUUUUACUUAAGUCACUUCAAAUUUAACACAUGGCAGUGUUGCAUACAAAGAACAAAAUUGCCUUUGCACAUUGGUCUCAUAGACUGGGAAAAACAGUAAAUGUUCCUGGCUUUUUACACACCAAUGUCCGGAACUUCAACACGCAUCAUAGCAUCGUGCUGCAGAAGAGGUGAAAAUUAUUAGUCCACCCGGAUGUCAUGCUUCCAUCAAUGCCGAUUGGAGACUCGUUUGAGCCAGGAAUGAAUGCUGAUCAUACCCCACUGAAGACAAAAGCCAUAUAUUAGUGGGUGUUAGUGGGAUUUUGUCCAGUGUAAAAGGGGCUUAUGUGUAUCAGAGGGCACACGCAGCAGUUUACACCUUCCCCGGGCCCAGUGGGAGAGAGCAAUGACAACGACUACAGUGAAGGGCAAAAUGGACAUUGAAAAGCAAAAAAGGAAAUAACUUAUUUAUUUAUUCUCUCUGCACAAACUAAUUCAAAACAAAUUGCAUGAUGUUUCCAUAGGUGUUAUUUACAUGACAGACAUAAGAGAUAAGGAUAAACCUGAUCUGAACUUGUAAAAAUGUUUAAAAUGAUUGGCAAAUAAUAGAGUAAAAGAUGAGGUUUGCAAAUAUCAUCAGAGUAAUGUCUGCAUAUCUGAUGAUGUACUGCCAUCCUUCCUUUUUAUAACCCUUUCUGUCUUGAUAAAUUGUCCUUCUCAGGUCCGAGGUGCCACUUAUCUUAUCUGAAUACGGUUUCCCUGUGGCUUAAUGUUGCAUGUCUCAGUAUUACUGCUUUGUACUGCAUCAAAUAGAAAUGUCUCAUCAUCUAUAAAUAGCAGAAUAUUGUAAAUGUGCCCCUAACUUCCAGGACUCUUGAAAACAGAACAGAAAACACUCCCUCUCUUGGUUUUUAAAUAUUAUAUACAAAACACUCCAUGUUAAGGUCCACAUCUACUGUAUAUGACUUGCUUAAGAUUGAUACUAUUCUAAGUCUGUAUUAUCUGUAAAGAACUGACGUAUAUUGUAAUUCUGUAAUUUUAUUGUGGUCUGUUAUCACUGUGAACUUGUAAUUAGCGGUUAGUUUAACUUGAAAUAUCUGUACCAUGUUUUAAAAAAUGGUAUUAGUGCUAUAUAGAUGCUUCUUUUUGCUGGUGAAAUUUGCAAAUGCAAUUGCAAAUUUAUAAUGACUCUGGAUACAACUAAACAUUUACAUCUUACUAUAAGGGGAAAAGGAAACCUGCAUCUUUCUUAUAGCAAACAAAUGAAUAAAUGAAGCAGCACAACAGGGACUGCAAGUACUUGGAAUGAAUUCAUUUUUAUCAGCUAGGAAGUCAUCACCAUUUAAAGUCUGUAAAAGCAUGUAAUUUGCGAUAAAA